AGCCAUCCAGCCAUCCGUGAGUGUCGACAAAACAUCAUCAAAACAUCAUUCAUCAUGAAAAGAACCCGUGACACACGCAAGCAAUGUCAGCAGCAUUUUCUAUGUACAGGCCGCAAACAUGGCACGUACCAUUUCAUUCAAGCUACCUACCCCCUCGCCCAUUUAUCUGUCCGCCUGUCUGUCUGUCUACGGGAAGGGGAACGAAAUGGCAGCCCCCCCAGAGCCGUCUGUGCCGCUGUAGUCCUCGAGCUGUGUCUUGAAGGUGAUGGACAGCUCCGACUCCUUGCGGCCGUCGGCCAGCGUCACCAGGGCACCCUCCACCUCCUCGCAGUGGCCCUGAUGGAUGGAAACAAAUCGAGAGGCCUGCAAUGCAUGUCCAUCCAUCCAUCCUUGGCUUGUGUGUUUGCUGACUGACCUGUGUGUGUGGUCUGUUGAUGAGUCGCUGGAUGUCGGGCGGGUACUGUGGGUCGAGGGCGGCCAACUCCUCUUUGACGCGGGUCAUCUCCGCCUCACUCACGCGCAGGUGCUGCGCCAGGGUCGUCGGCACGAUGCUACCCCCCGCCAUGUUGGCCGUAUACUCUAUCAAGUGCUUCCUGAAAGACGUAUACACACCCACCCACCCGUAUCGUAUGUGUGUCCCUGUGUAUCCUCUGCCUAGCUGACCUGAGCUGACCUGACGACGUCCGUGAAGGCGAGUGCCGCCUCGAGGAACUCCUUCUUCACCUGCUGCCACCCACCCCUCAGCUUGUCCUUUACACCCACACGCAAGCACACACACGCACUCACUGGUGUCGUGUCAACACGUAUUCAGUGCAGUGUUGUGUAGAUAUAUGCACCUUCUUGGCCUUGGAGGCACAGUGCGCGUCGAUGUCGGCCUUGACGCCCUGCCUGUCCAUAGUCUGCAGGAUGUUCUUGCGCCACGCCUCUCGAGAGAGGUACUCAGAUGGAGCAGUGGUAUGAAGCUGGUUGUUCAUGGCCUCAAUCCUUGUGAUGGUGGCGGACGCCAUCUCAAUGCCGAAGACUCUGUCGCACGCUCUGACCUAUGAAAACACACACACACACACACACCCGCUCCCCUGUCUGCCUGCCUGCCUGUCUGUGUGCCUGUCUGUGUGGAUAUUGCGUACAUACCAGUGCGUAGCCACACACGAGUUGUAUGUCGGGCUUGAAGUACCUGCAGCCGGCCAUCCGUCCAUCCAUCCAUCCGUCCAUCAGAAUAUCCACACACAUACAUACGUAUGACGCCGUCCGUCCCUUCCUCACUGACUGACCAUGUGCGGUUCCUCAUGGUCUCGAUGGGCGUGUUGAGUGUGAUCCUGCAGACGGCCUUGCGCCAGAAGAGGUCCGAGGCGAUCCCGCCACAGCAGAUGAACGGACCGGGCACCACCCUCAUCCUAGACUUGCUGAUGCACGUCGCUAUCGCACUCGUCACCAGCCGACACGCCAUCUGCAGCAUCGCCAGCAGCAUGGCGUUGUCCUCGUCACGCAACGGCGCCCCAGGCAUGCCAACGGGCGCAAAACUGAGCAACACAGCCAUCAAGGACGAGAGUGUGUGCACCCAGAUGGCUCGUGACCUGACCCUCAGUCAGUCGUCCUGACUGACCUGAAACAUGGGUACAUGGCCAUGUUGCCCAGGAGGGUGUGGGCGCACCGCGGCUUGCUGGAUGAGUUCGUCGGCGCCUCCAUUUGGACGGCCGCGAAGGUCCGGGGCGGGUAGGUCUGCAGCGUGACGCUAAGGUUGACGGGCACGGCAAGGCCAUGGACACCGCCGACAAUCUCGUCAACUAUGGCCUUCUGGGUCUGCCUCUGCAAGCCAAACCGAAUAUAUGAACAACACACACCGUCACGUCGUUGUCGGGCCAUCCAUCCAUCCAUCCCUUCCUUCCCGCCGACCUGCAGCUCGAAAAACUCGUCAUUUCCCAUCCAGUUGUAGACAUACAUGACGGCAGCCCUGUUGUGAUUGAGCAGGCCCAGCGAUAACCACUUCUUGGCCUGCAGAAUGAGUCAGUCAGACCGCAAAACAAAUGGAACAAAUCGGUGCACGCACGUCCCAGGAUGCUCACCUCCUUGCAGGCGGCCUUGUGGCCCGCUGACCAAUGCAUCGACUGGCACUCUCUGCUGCAGUAAUGGACCAACUUGCAUACGCUACAGCAGGGCAUCGCGCCCGCAGCCGCCUUUCCGCAGGCUACACAUCGUUUGGGGAACGACCUGCCGGCGUUCUGGCGGAUCUUGAGGCCGCUGAGGUCGGCCGACGUUAGGGGCAGCCGCCGCCCCGACAUCGCUGCCUUGCGUGCCCUGGGGUGGGGUGCGAGCUCGAAAGGCAUCUCCCCCUAUAAUGAAUGACGAGCGAAGCUCCCACAGCUUGUCACCAAGCUGCUCGGCACCGCGAACCUGAUGGCACUAACGAAAGGGCACGGCAAGGUGCGGCCGGUGGCGGUGGGGGAUGCAGUGCGGCGAUGGGUGACGAGAGCAGUGUGCACGCAGCACAAAAACAAGGUGGCCGCCUACUUCGCCCCUCUCCAGUGCGCAGUCG